AUGAGAAGACGUUGUCAUAGGACGAAGCAGGUACUCGAAGUGUUCUUCGCAAUAAUGAAGUUGAAAUUUGUCUUAUAUUUUAUAGCAACGUCAUUUAUAAAGGCGAUCGCUGCCGAGGACUGCGAUAAGUGUGUCCAGAAAGAAAACUGCUCGUCGUUUCGGAAACUAAAUCAAGAAGCUCAAGAUGCUUGGCAAGUAAAGUUUCCUUGUGUGAGUCCUGAAGAUAAUGAACGCAGCAAGCUAUUUGGUUUCGCAGCAAUCGCUAAAGGAGAUUACGUAUGCUGUUCUAAUGCUAUCUGGGGCACAAGCGGAAACCUCAAAUCUGAUGAAACAAAUGCAGAUCAAACACCCAAUAUAAAUGAAAGAAAUGCAGAUUUCAAUACAAAUUACGGGCGUCAAAACAACUAUGAUGACCAAGGCCUUCGCUACAAUUAUCCCAAUACAAGAACACAGCGAAACUCUUAUGACUACGACAAUAACAGAAACAAUAAUGGAUUUGGUUCCAAUCAAUAUCCUAAUAAUGGAGGUUAUCAAGACAAUAGAAAUAAUAAUCAUCCGUACAAUUCUAAUCCAGGAAACUUGCCAUACAGUUAUGACGGCAGAAGCACACAAUCUCCAUUCAAACAUUACUUUAACGAGAAUAACAAUCCAUACGCAACACCAAGCCCGUUAUUUCCUUUAAACAGACCCGGUAGUAAUGGUAAUAUUAACCAAAAUGGGCAGUGUGUUAUAACAAGCUUUCCACCGGAGCCUGAAACAGGAUGUUGUGGACGCGAGGCGUCUGAUACUGACAGGAUUAUCGGACGUCAACCACAACCACCCACAAAUUCACCUAAUUCACCCAACUAUGGAAAUAAUAAUUGGAAUCCAACUACAACUACUACACGGUAUCCACCAUCCUCUGGUUUUAUGUCUUGGCCAUUUGGAAGGCCUGGUUAUGGUAUUGGCUUGAACAGAGUAGCCCGUUCAAUACAUGAUGUAAAUGAUAAUGUAACCAUCGAUGACCGAAUAGCAGGUGGACGGGAAACUGAAUUAGAACAAUUUCCUUGGACUGUCCUAUUAAAAGUCAAUUUUGACUAUGGAACAAAGAGAGCUGCAUUUAACUGCGGAGGGUCCCUUAUAAGUUCCCGAUAUGUGCUGACCGCUGGACAUUGCAUUUACGAGGAAGGGGCGACCGUUAUUGAUGUAGACAUAUAUCUCGCUGAAUACGACAAGCGUACAUUCCCAAAAGACUGCAAAAAUAUUCUUGGCCAAGGUCAGAAAUGUUUAGAAAACGUUGUUAUCAAAUCUGAAGAGGUUGUGCUACAUCCGCAAUACGAAGACUCACAGCUACAGAAUGAUGUCGCACUGAUAAGAUUGCGAAACCCCGCUCCUUAUACAGAUUACAUAAGACCAAUAUGUCUGCCAUCAAUAGAUAUUGACAGCCCAAAAUUCUCAAACCUUCGCCUCGCUGUGGCCGGCUGGGGGCGAAACGGCCGCUACCGGUCUGACAUAAAGCAAUCCACCAUUGUUAAUCUAGUACCUCAGGAAAAAUGCAAUGAGUUUUACCCGAGCCUUUCAAGACGUAAUCUUUGUGCAGCUGGCUAUAGCGGUCAGGAUACGUGUAAAGGGGACUCUGGCGGUCCACUUAUGACGGUGUAUGGCGGGAAGUUUCAAGUGGUGGGUAUUGUAAGUGGGAAGCGGGCGGACUCACCCUGCGGGACCUCUGUGCCGUCGCUAUAUACAAACGUAUACCACUACCUCGACUGGAUUCGGAACAGUAUAAGAAAAUAA